GGAGGCGGCCUGAGGCUCGCCCUUCGCUGAGGUCCUCGCGGGCAGGAAGCCGCAGCCUAGACCUCCGACGCGCGCCUCGCCAACCGUCCGUCGCUCGUGCCGCUUCCACGGAGAGGGCGAGGCGCAGGGGCAGGCGUGGAUUGGCUCGCGGCGCUUUGGCCCGCCCCUCGGUGGCGCCCAUUGGUCGAGGCGGCGUCCGCUGGUUGUGGGGACGCCCCGCCUUCGUGCGGGCCUUCAAGAGGGCGACGAGGAAGCGGCCACCUCCCUGCGCCCCGCCCCUCCGGCUUGCUCUGUGGCUCCCGCGGCUCCUCCCGGCUGCUCCCGGCUCCUCUCUGCCCUCUCCCGGCUUCCUGCGGCUCCGGCUUGGGCUUGGCGGCGGAGUGAGGCAGUUGCAGAAUGGCGGACCUCAGUCUUGUAGAUGCAUUGACAGAGCCACCUCCAGAGAUUGAGGGAGAGAUAAAGCGAGACUUCAUUGCCACACUGGAGGCCGAGCCCUAUGAUGACACUGUGGGAGAAACCGUGGAGAAGACUGAGUAUAUUCCUCUCAUGGAUGGUGAUGAGAAAACUGGGAACCCAGAGGCCAAAAAGAAACCGUGCUCAGACACUAGCCAGAUUGAAAGUAUUUCAUCUUCUAAACCAAUGCUUCUAGCCAACGGUGAUCAUGGAAUGGAAGGGAAUAACACUACAGGUGUAUAUGCAGGUGUGGAGGUCAGAGGACAACCUUCAGAAGCAGGGUCUCCUACUGACUUCCUUGAAGAGAAAAUAGCCUACCAGGAAUAUCAGAACAGCCAGAACUGGCCAGAAGAUGCAAGCUUUUGUUUCCAGCCUCAGGGAGUGUUAGGUACUAACCAGACUGAUCCGUUUAAGGUGCACCAUGAUGAUGGCCUGGCAGAUCUGCUCUUUGUUUCCAGAGGAACCACAAAAGCUUCAGCAUUUAUGGAGCAAAAUGAUCCCCUGAAAGACUGUUAUGGUAUGCUUCCCGGUGACUCAUUUGCUCCCAUGGCUGUUAUAUCUCAGGAGUGGUCUGUGGAAGCCUCAAACUCUCCAUACUUAGAAUCCUUUGUUUCUCCAGAAGGUGGUAUAGAAACCCUACAGCCGGCAGCAGAGCGAUCCAAGGAAAUACAAGUGGAAUCAGUAAAAGAGCAGAUGCCAACUAAAGCAUUGGAGAUGAUGGCCGAAGAGAAGACGGCUGAUGUGGUGCCAUCUAGAGAAACAGAGGUAUCUUCAUCCACAGACACAACACCAGGCACAGGACCCGAAGUGGCAUUUGCUAAAGAUACAGAAGAGACCACGAAACCAGAUGUGAUGCUGUCAGAUGUCAUGCAGCCAUCCAAUGAAUCUGAUCUGUUCCUGGCUGAGGACCUGGAACGACAUGUAGGAACAGAGGUGGCCCCUGUUAAGGAUGUCAUAUUGCCGACAGAAGAUGUAUUUUUGACCAAGGAUAUGGCACCUCCUACAGAACCUGAAAUGGUCCCAGGCAAGGAUGUGACACUGCCCAAAGAAACAGAGAUGACAUUUGCAGUAAAAAUGGACUUGGUACCACCUGAGGAUAUAGCACUUCCCAAAGCAGCAGAGCUGGCCCCAGUCAAUGUCAUGGUUUCCUCCUCAGAAAUAGAAGUGGCACUGGAGAAGGAUGCUGCGGAAAUACCUUCAGCUGAGGAGAUGGACUUGUCCUCACAAACAGAGGUGGGCUUGGCAAGGGACUUGGCACUGACCUCAGACACCUUGACAAUCUUGACAAAGGGUGUAACAUUGCCCUUAGAAACAGAGGGAUCUGUGGCCGAGAGCGUGACUCCAUCUCUGGAAACAGAAAUGACCCUGGAUAAGGAUAUGGCUCCACCCCCAGAAGCAAAAUCGGACAUGGUCAGAGAUAGGACUCCACUCCCAGAAUCAGAAGUAUCUCUGGGCAAGGAAGUGGUUAUGCCUUCAGAAACAAAGAUGACUGAGCUCAACAAUUUGACCCCUCUUUCAGAAAAAGAGGUGGCUUCAAUCAAAGACAUUUCUCUGCCUCCAGAAACAGAGGCUUCCCUGGCUGAUGUUCUGCCCUUAGGAACAGAGUUGACCUUGGACAACAACAUGACUCCAGCCAAGGAUGUUGAACUACUCCCGGAAACAGAAAUAGCAGCAGUUCAAAUUACAGACAAGGAAAAUGCACAGACCCAAGAACUAAGUAAAGACUCUCAGUUAGAAUCUGCCCAGCACAAGGGGCAGUCAGCAGUACCUCCUUGCAUGAUUCUACCAGAACCAGUCAAAGCUGCAGACCAAAAGUCUAACUUGCCAGUAGAUGAAGGUACUCUGUUAGAGAACUUAGAGCAGAAGGAAGCCUCUGGCAGUCAGUCUUCUGAACUUUCUUCAGGAAUAGCCAGGCAAGAAGAAGGAAAGGCUGUUGUGGAUGUGGCAGGAAAUGACAUCACUACCCCACCAAACAAGGAGCUACCACCAAGCCCAGAAAAGAAAGCAAAGCCUUUGGCCACCACUCAACCUGCCAAGACUUCAACAUCGAAAGCCAAAACACAGCCCACUUCUCUCCCUAAGCAACCAGCUCCCACCACUUCUGGUGGGUUGAAUAAAAAACCCAUGAGCCUCGCUUCAGGCUCAGUGCCAGCUGCCCCACCCAAACGCCCUGCUGCUGCCACUGCUGCUGCCAGGCCUUCUACCCUACCUGCAAGAGACGUGAAACCAAAGCCAGUUACAGAGGCUAAGAUUUCUGAAAAGCGGACUUCACCUUCAAAGCCUGCAUCUACCCCAACCCUCAGACCUGGACCUAAAACCACCCCAACUGUCCCCAAAGCCACAUCUCCCUCAACUCUUGUUUCCACUGGGCCAAGCAGUAGAAGUCCUUCCACACCUCUGCCUAAGAGGCCCGUCUCUACUAAAACAGAGGGAAAACCCGCUGAUGUCAAAAGGAUGACUGCCAAGUCUGCACCAGCUGACUUGAGUCGCUCAAAGACCACCUCUACCAGUUCUGUGAAGAGAAACACCACUCCCACUGGGGCAGCACCCCCAGGAGGGACGACUUCCGCUCGAGUCAAGCCCACAUCAGUACCUUCCCGGCCUUCUGUGGCUGUUUCUGUGGACAAGAAACCCACCUCGGCUAAGCCUAGUUCCUCUGCUCCCAGGCUGAGCCGCCUGACCACCACUGCCUCUGCCCCUGAUCUGAAGAAUGUUCGCUCCAAGAUUGGCUCUACAGAAAAUAUCAAACACCAGCCUGGAGGAGGCCGGGCCAAAAUAGAGACAAAAACAGAGGCAGCUGCCCCAGCUGGAAAGCCUGGACCUAAUGCAGUCACUAAAGCAGCUGGCUCCAUUGGGAGUGCACAGAGACCGUCUGCUGGGAAAGUCCAGAUAGUCUCCAAAAAAGUGAGCUACAGCCAUAUUCAAUCCAAGUGUGGUUCCAAGGACAAUAUUAAGCAUGUCCCUGGAGGUGGCAAUGUUCAGAUCCAGAAUAAGAAAGUGGACAUCUCCAAGGUAUCCUCAAAGUGUGGGUCCAAAGCUAAUAUCAAGCACAAGCCUGGAGGAGGAGAUGUCAAGAUUGAAAGUCAGAAGUUGAACUUCAAGGAGAAGGCCCAGGCCAAAGUUGGAUCUCUCGAUAACGUGGGCCACCUGCCUGCAGGAGGUGCCGUGAAGAUUGAGACCUACAGGCUGACGUUCCGGGCAAAUGCCAGGGCCCGCACCGACCAUGGGGCUGACAUUGUCUCCCGGCCUCCCCACUUCCCUGGCUGCCCAAGCUUGGGGUCCCGGGCCCUGGGCUCCCUUUCCCGGGCUGUCUAUUAGACUUGUAAGCUCCUGGGUGCUGGGCAGCCCGUUAGGCCUCUGUCCCUCCUGCCUAGCUUGCUCAAGGCAGCAGCCCCAGCUGCCUUCACCUCCUUGCACCCUCUUCUGGCCCAGCUCCAACUUUACCAUCCCACCACUGCACCACUGCUCCAUGGACAGAGUUGGGGGCAGGGGGAGUCUGAUGGGAUCUCUGUGGGAUCUAGGGGUGGGGUGUUGGGAUUCCAAGAAACUGACAAACCCUCUCUUCCCUGGUUCAACCUGGAGGGACUAGUAGACGUGAACUCCAGGUUGUGACCAGCACUGACUGAAUCCCCUGGAACCGAAACCACUGCCUCUCCUCGACCCCGCAGAGGAAGCCACCCUGUAGGUGGUAUCAGGCCCCCUUGCUGCCCUUCUUUGAGUUAAUCAGGGGUCCGUUGCCCUUGUCCUCACUGCUUAUUCCUGAAUAGCUGCUGUCUCACUUUC